UACUGAAACGCAAGACUGCCACACAUCUGUUCGACCAACGCCAGUUGAUCUAAACGCCAGUAGAUCUGGAACACCGGCACACCAACAUUGGUUGCAAGAAGCAUAGAGGUUCCUCGUGCCCGUUUGGUCUCGAGCCACACGAAGUAAGAUGGAGAUGUCGGGAGCCGCUGGUUUCUUCCUGUAUUUCGCCUUCGGAAGCAACUUAUUGAAAGAAAGGCUACAGCUGGCUAACCCGUCGGCGACAUUUUAUAAGACCGGUCGCCUGAAGGACUACAAACUGAACUUUGGCCUGUGGAAAGAACACAUAGACAAUGCUUGGCACGGUGGCGUGGCAACCAUUGAGUCGUAUCCAGGCGCAGAAGUGUGGGGGGUCAUCUGGACUUUGAACAACGAACACCUCUCAAGCCUUGAUGACCAGGAAGCAGUGAAGGCUGGUGUAUACUCUCCACUGGAGGUCUCAGUGGAGACUGAUAACGGGACCGUGCUCUGCAGGACGUAUCAGAUGAACAACUUCCACGCCUGUCCUCCCUCGCCACAAUACAAACAGGUGGUGUGUCUGGGCGCGGAGCAGCACGGACUCCCCGUAGAGUACAAGAAGAGCCUGGAGGCCGUUCAAACCAACAACUACAGCGGCCCCUCGAUCCUGGACCAAAUCCCAACGAUCACGAACCUGAGAUUAAACAGUUCAAAUUCAGGUUCCUGAACUUGGAAAUGAAAGUGAGCAGAAAUGCACCAGAAUGAGAUAUAAAGCAGCUAAUUGGUGGAGGAACUGUGGUGAGGAAGUUAUCGCUUUUUUGUUUUCUUUUUUUGCAGAUUAUGGACCUUUUAACCUCAAACAUGAUUAUAAAUGAUUACCAUUAUAUAACAAGAUUGAGACUGAGAUAUAAUUAACAGGACAGGGAAAAAUGUUUUUUGUUUCACAAAUAACUCUCAUGUUAUGAAAGUGGCACCACUGUGUGGACAGAACUUAAUAAUGCAUGCAAUUUAAUAACGAGACGUUUGGCUGAGCCCAGCACAAACCACGUCUUAAUCACCGCUGAGCAAAUAGAUUGUGUUGAAAAAUGUGUUUCAUUUCAAAGACUAAAAAUAUGCAGCGCAGACACUUGUUACCACAGUGUUCCUCUGGGGUAUAUUAAACACUGAUGACACACCCUUAA